GUGUAUGCGGCCAGUGUGAGGAGGAGAGGAGCCUCCCUUUCAGGGCUUUCGGGGGCCGCCGCCGCCGACGACGACGCAGCAUGACCGUCUGGGAGAGGCUGCGUAACCCGUGCGGCUGGCGCGCGGGCGCCAAGCAGAUCUCCGUGGACGCGAUGCUGCCGCUGCUGGUGGUGCCGAUCCUCGCGGUGAUCGCCGCCCAGGCCUUCCUCUGCACGGUCGUCGUGUUCCUGCUCACGCCGCUCCUCGUCUACUACCUGCACCACAACUUCCUCAGGUUCCUGCUGCGCACCAAGUUCUUCCUCAUGUGGACGAUCACGAGCGUGCUGAUGAUGAUGCUGGUGUUCGAGCUGAGCGUCGUGCCGCUGCUCGAGAUCCUGCCCGAGGAGAACCUCGUGUUCAUGAUAUGCGUCGUCGGCGGCACGUGGUGCGGCUACAGGACCAAGCUGAGCGCGGACGCGACCGCCCAGGAGAGCGCCGUCGCCACGCAGAGCCUGGAGCUGGGCGAGGGCAGCGGCGAGCUCUGCGCGACGUGCAGGAGACGCGCGCCACCCCGGGCCCACCACUGCCGCCUGUGCCAGACCUGUAUUCUCAACAGGGAAUAUCACUGCAAGUGGCUGGACUGCUGCAUAGGUUCCAGCAAUUUGAGGUCGUACUUAGGCUGUUUAUUCUUCUCCGCGCUCGCUUUUAUGUACGGUUCCAACUUGACUAUGACCAGCGUCUGCCAUCCGUUUAUACUUAUCGGGACUGUACUCCUGCCGGACGACUGCAGCGACGUGUAUCAUCAGCUGGACAUCGCACUUUGCUUCGUCUCCGCUCUGUACAGCCUCCUCGUGGGUCUGGUGCUCUUUUGUUAUCUCGUGUACCACCUAUGGCUGCUCUACAACGGCACGACGUCGAACGAGCGGCGAUUAGAUAUCAAAAGUCAGUACGACCACGGAAUGCUGAAGAAUGUAUCCCGGUUGUUCUGCUGCAAAACUUAGGGACGUUAAACUUGUAAGCUAGGCCACUGAAUUCACUCGACACGGUGUAUGUAUUACACGCUGUACAAAGGAUGUAAUGAAAUCAAAUGCGACGAACUAGGGAACGGUAAGGCCAAAGUAUUUGUCAUAGCGCGUUAAACAAUAAGUCCACGUGAGAUGGCUCGGAUCGGAAACGCAGCCGCGUUGACGCCGGCUCGAUUGCACACUGUCUUCAUCUACUCAAUGUAUCCACGAUUCAUAAUUCAUGAAAAAGUAUAAUAGACCCGUUACUUCCAUAAUGUUAUACUUGUGAGAUCACGUUCGACAUAUCACGAGGCAUCGACAACUAUUACAUUCGUCAUCCUUAAUGUAUCGUUGCGCAUACAAUUUGUAUAUUUAUUGUAACUGUGAUAAAACGGCCAUUGUACGAGUAAUAUAGCGAAUUACUUUGAGUACACACGAACGCACUCUAAAGUAAGUUGAAGUGAGAAGAAAACUUUUAAAUACGUACGUACACAGCAAUGGUAACCCGCAUUUUAUUCUGCGUAAAAAGAAAAGAAAAAGAAUGUUCUAUCUUGCGUGUACUCAGGAGUAAGAAUACUCUUUACCUCAAUCAAAUACGAGGCCAACGAUUGUCGUGCAGUAUUAAAUCUAAGUUAUUUCUAAA